AUGAGUUUCAUAACAUAAAUUGAAUUGUUAGUGUUUAUUCGAAAUUUUCGAAAUGUUGAUCUAUUUUAAUAAGGAAUCUACAGGAUCUAAAUAUCAAUACCCAAGCAUUUGCCAUAUUUGACUUUGGAUUAAUUGGGGAUAACCAAAUAGAAGAAACAAAGGGAUCAAAGAUUGGUUGGAUAAGACAUCCGAGAUCAAUACUACCUAUCAAGUUCUUUCGCUAUUAGAUAUGAAGAUGAGGAGGUAUAAAUGAUUAGAAUUUAGAUUAAUUUGUGCGAAGGAUGCAUAUUUAGAAUAGAACAAAAUACAUUUGCAUAAUUAAACUCUGUAGAAUUGCAAGUUGAUUUAUUAUUUCUGGACAGUAAAUCUGCUGAAACAUUCCCAGAUCAAGAAGCAUUGCCCUUGAACAAACUCACUUCCCAGACCUACGUCAUUCAUUCUCUAAAACAGAUCAAUCACAAUUAUUUGCCUAUCACCUUUGAUCCCAACACUGCCUGCGUGAUAAAUUGCUUUGUGUUCUCACUGCCUUUGAACCUAAAGUAUUAGUAGCGAAAGGAGGGAUUAACAAUGAUUGACUACAUUCAAAAAUACAAAAGAAAGGGCCAAUACGAACUAUUGUAAUAGAAAACCUUUGAUUACCUGGAAUCGAUAUUCAAGCAGUUUAUUCAGUAAUACAAAGAGACCAUUGCCGAAUUUAUAACGGAGCCAACAAAAUUUGCACAUUAUUUAUCCCAAUUGGCCUGUUUGGGAGAAGUGGAAUAUAACAGCGAAGACCUAGAACGUCAAAUCAAUUCAAUCAGUUUACAAUUGUAUAUGCUUUGGUAUGUCUACAUCGACGUAGUAUCAAAGGUGUAUGCUAAACUAAUGAAGAAAUUGAAAUUUAAGUAUAUUUCGGAACUCCAAGAUCUUUAUGAAGAAUUCGUCAUUAAAAUUACCGAUUUCCCAUAAUUCGACAAAACCUUGAAGAACAACAACCUAAUCAUUUCCUUGAGACAACUAGACCAAAGAAUAUUGCCCAUUCUACCCAUUACAUCUACAGAAAUAUUGGACAAUCUGCCAAUUCUACUGAAAUACUCGCAAAAUGAAGUGAAGCAAUACUAACUAAAUUAAAAGAAGGCAGAAAGCAAACAUCUGAUUGUGUUUGUCCAUGGAUAUAAGGGCUCUCCCUUUGAUAUGAGGAGAUGGAGGAACAUUAUCAAAAUCUAUUAUCCGAAAUGCUUCACACUGUUGUCCAGUUGCAACCAAAGAGAAGGAGAAGAAUCAAUUAGAGUGAUGGGUCACAAAUUAAGCAUCGAAAUCCAAGCCUAAAUCUAAUUGAUGGAUGGAAUAGAUGAAUUAUCAUUUAUAUGCCAUUCCUUAGGAGGAGUAGUAGCACGAUCAGCUCUUUGUAAUUUAAGUAUGCAUUAAAACAAGAUGAGAUUUUAUGUAAGUCUUGGAUCCCCUCAUGUAGGGUUAUUUGUAAAAUAAAAUAGUUUGGUCAAAACUGGAUUGUGGUUCAUGACCAAUUUCUCAUCCAGUUAAAGUAUGGCUGAAUUACAAAUGUAAGAUGCCUCAGUGCCUUAGAAUUCUUAUCUCUAUUAUCUAUCGACAGUCCAAAGUUUAGAGUGGUUCCAAAAAGUGAUCCUGGUCAGCUCGACACAGGAUGACUUUGUUCCCUUUGAGGUUGCCAGACUCGAGAAAUCCACCAGAGUUCCGCAAGAUAAACAGCAGAUCUAUUAAACCAUGCUUGACAACAUUAAAUUGCCUGAAUGCACAAGGGUUGAAGUGAAUUUCAUAUAUACAGAGAAUGAUAAGAAUUGGGAUAAUUUCAUUGGUCGAACUGCUCACAUGAAUCUAGUUGAAAAUACAACGAUGAUAAGGAUGAUUGUAACUUAAAGCAGAUUACUUGAUUGA